UUUUUCGGCUGUUGGUGGGCAGUGGGCUCUCUGUUUUUAACCAGGGUGGCGGACGGACCAAUUCGCCCCUUGACACUCGGAUGGGGACCCGACCACGUGUUGCGAGGCCGAAUUGCGGCGGGAAACUUCAAAUACCGAACCUACUUACUAUAAAAUAAUAAACUUAAAAACAGAAAAGGUUCAAACUUUCAGACCGUUGCUCUUCCUUCCCCGGCAAUCUUUGUUUUCUGGGUCUGAUGAAUCUUCCCUUGCACUCUUCUUCCUUUUCUAAUUCCCAUACCAUUCUAUAAAUGAUCUAUCAGACUCCCACAAAUCAUAUCUUCUACAUAUUCGACGAAACUCUUCACUGAUCCAUCAAACAGAUCACAAAAAUUCAUCCUCAAAGUUCCUCUUUUCGCAGUGACAAAAUGCAUGUGGUGAAAAGGGACGGGAGCCAAGAACCGUUUCACUUUGAAAAGAUCACGGCCCGGGUGAAGAAGCUGAGUUACGGGCUCAACGUCGAGCAUUGCGAUCCUGUUCUUGUCACGCGGAAGGUCUGUGCUGGGCUCUACGAGGGUGUCACAACCAUCCAACUCGAUGAAUUGGCUGCGGAAACUGCGGCUGCCAUGACCACGAACCACCCCGAUUAUGCUUUGUUGGCCGCAAGAAUCGCUGUUUCGAAUCUGCAUAAGAACACGAAGGAGACUUUUUCAGAGACGAUAAAGGUCAUGUACGACUAUUUUGAUAAGAGGUCUGGGCAGAAGAGUUCUCUUAUUGCUUAUGAUGUAUAUGAAAUAAUCAUGAAGAAUGCUGCACGCCUGGACAGUGAGAUAAACUAUGACAGAGAUUUUGACUACGAUUAUUUUGGCUUCAAAACUCUUGAGAGGUCAUAUCUUUUAAAGGUUGAUGGGAAGGUUGUGGAAAGGCCUCAGCACAUGUUAAUGAGAGUUGCUGUUGGUAUCCACAAAGAUGACAUGGACUCUGUUCUUAAGACAUACCAUUUGAUGUCUCAGCGUUGGUUCACUCAUGCUACCCCUACCCUUUUUAAUGCAGGAACUCCACAGCCCCAAUUGAGUAGCUGCUUUCUUGUGUGUAUGAAAGAUGAUAGCAUUCAGGGAAUAUUUGAUACCUUGAAGGAAUGUGCUGUUAUUAGCAAAUCAGCUGGAGGAAUUGGUUUCUCUGUUCAUAAUAUCCGUGCAACAGGCAGCUACAUUUGUGGGACAAAUGGGACUUCUAAUGGCAUUGUUCCUAUGCUUCGUGUGUUUAAUGACACUGCUCGUUAUGUUGAUCAAGGGGGAGGAAAGAGAAAGGGUGCUUUCACUGUAUACUUGGAGCCAUGGCAUCCUGAUGUCUUUGAGUUUUUAGAUCUUAGAAAGAACCAUGGGAAGGAAGAAUAUCGGGCUCGAGAUCUAUUUUAUGCUCUUUGGAUACCUGACCUCUUUAUGGAAAGAGUGCGAGGUGAUGGACAAUGGUCUUUGUUUUGCCCAAAUGAGGCUCCCGGUUUGGCUGAUUAUUGGGGAGAAGAAUUUGACAAUUUGUACACCCAAUAUGAAAAGGAGGGAAGGGCAAAGAAGGUUAUAUCUUCUAGGAAACUCUGGUUUGAGAUCUUAAAUUCCCAGAUUGAAACUGGAACUCCUUUUAUGCUUUUCAAGGAUUCUUGUAAUAGGAAAAGUAACCAACAGAAUCUGGGCACCAUCAAAGCCUCAAACCUCUGCACUGAGGUCAUUGAGUUCUCAAGUCCGACUGAAACUGCAGUUUGCAAUUUGGCAUCCAUUGCUUUACCUCGAUAUGUGAGGGAUGAGGGAGCUCCUAUUGAGUCACACUCGUCUAAGCUUGUUGGAAGUAGGGAUUCAAAGAACCGAUAUUUUGACUUUGACAAACUCGCAGAGGUUACUAGAGUAGUUACUGCAAAUCUCAACAAAGUCAUUGAUAUAAACUACUACCCCAUUGAAACUGCAAAAAGGUCAAAUUUACGACACAGGCCAAUGGGCAUUGGAGUUCAAGGUCUUGCUGAUACCUUCAUCCUGCUUGGUAUGGCAUUUGAUUCACCAGAGGCCUCACAGCUCAACAAAGACAUAUUUGCAACCAUAUACUACCAUGCGCUGAAAGCUUCUUCUGAGUUAGCUUCAAAAGAUGGCCCUUAUGAGACCUAUCAUGGGAGUCCUCUGAGCAAGGGAGUUCUUCAGGUGGACAUGUGGGGUGUAACACCAUCACCCCGUUGGGAUUGGGCUGCACUUAGGGAAAUGAUCUCACAAAAUGGAGUAAGAAACUCCCUUCUUGUAGCACCUAUGCCCACUGCUUCAACCAGUCAGAUUCUUGGAAACAAUGAGUGUUUUGAACCUUAUACCUCCAACAUUUACACUCGCAGAGUUUUAAGUGGUGAAUUUGUUGUAGUGAACAAACACCUACUUCAUGAUUUAACGGAAAUGGGUCUUUGGUCUGAUGCGCUUAAGAAUAAGAUGAUAUAUGAGAAUGGCUCGGUUUUGAAGAUCCUUGAGAUUCCUGAGGAGCUGAAAGCUAUCUACAAGACUGUGUGGGAAAUAAAGCAAAAGACAUUGGUUGACAUGGCUGCUGAUCGUGGAUGCUACAUUGAUCAGAGUCAGAGUCUGAAUAUUUACAUGGACCAACCCGAUCCGGGGAAGCUAACUUCCCUGCAUUUUUAUGCUUGGUGUAAGGGUCUGAAAACGGGAAUGUAUUAUCUGAGAACACGUGCUGCAGCUGAUGCUAUCAAGUUCACUGUUGAUACCUCUGCUCUUAACAAUGAGAAUGCUAGAAGGGUCGAUGCUGAUAGUGAUGCCAAUGUCACACAGGCGGUAUGUUCCUUGCAGAAUCGAGAAGAGUGCAUGGGUUGUGGAAGUUAAGGUUUCCUGCAAAAAGUACCCAAACGUUGUUCUUCCCAAUGAGAAGUGAGAGAACUGCUUUUUGGCAAUUAUCUUAGUGCAAUUAUCUUAAGAGUGGAGUGUUAUAAGUUUAUAUUUGUUCCGUCCUCGUCCUAGCUUAGUUUAAUAUACUUGUGUUUCCUUCUUUGAGCGUUUAACUGGCUAUUGUUAUAGUCUUUUCUAAUGGGGGUUUAGAAAUUGAGAACUGCAAGAACAAGUAUGUAUGUGGAAGAGAUUUUCUCAGCAGCAUAUGAAAGGAAUGCUCUCUAUUCCUGUUUAGUUGCCUUAUCUAAUUAUAAAGACUGUUUCUCAUCUCUUGUUCAA